CUCUAACUGACCGCAGUAGGCGGCUGUAGGCUACUCUGCUUCUCGGUCCAGCACAUAGACCAAAGAGGAUUCUCUUGGAGGCUACCUGUAAAUCAUCACUUGCUCCUACACGUCAAGAACGAGCGCCGGUAUCUGCGCUGGGUGUGUGUGGCCUCAUCUCAAUGCUGACUGCUCCCUCAUGAGUGACCCCAGUGAUGAUCUCAUGAGGCCUCGGGAUGGAGACGAGACGCAUGCACCCAAAUCUGUGGACGCCAUGGCAACUCCACCCUUGUCAGGUUCCGAUGAGAACCAGAAUCAGGUGACUGAGCAACAGAAGCAACACUGGGAGUCAAGCUGCAGAGACCAUCAGUUAACCACAAGCAACAGCAGCCAGAGCGGGGGCUCUCCUCAGUCGGCCAAUAUGAUGACCAACACUACAGGGGUCUCACCUCACAGUGAUAAUCAUGGUCCUGGCCCCUCCUCCUCCUCCACCUGUGGACCCCCAGGACCAAGCCCUGCUCUGCUCGCAUCCCUGCGGUCUCUGGGGGAGCACAGGGAUCACACACUGCUGCCCCAGUCUCUUCACCAGAUAGCAGAGGCGUAUUUCCUGGACGAAGACUAUCGCUGGGCCGUCCACUUCCUGCAGCUUGAGCAACUGUACCACCAGAGGCUGCUGUCCAACCUGGCUGCCCUGCAGGAACAAUGGGAAUCCCAGUGGAAGGCGGGAGGGACCCUGCCUCGGGCCGACGCCUCUCCGCUGGCUGACUGCCCCCGUGAAGAGUCGGAGCGGAUGGACUCGCUCAGGCACAUCUGCAGGACCCACGAGCGGCCUACUCUCUGCAUGGAAAAGCACAUGGUUGACCAAUCCCAGACAGACAGCCUAGGGCCCUGUGAGAGGUAUGGAGGCGUGCAGGAGACUGUCUCCUGUUUGGAGAACCAACACAAGAGAGCGACACCAGACAAAUCCCCCCAUCCAACGAGGGAACAGCAGGAGGAAGGAGAAGAGGAGGAAGAGGAGCAGGAGGAGGACGAAGACGAGGACCUCUGGGAGGAGCAGGAGGACGAGGAAGAGGAGGGAGUGGAGGAGCUUCAGAUGGGAGCUGGAGAGGCGAGGAGCAAAGGACUGAGACCUAUGGAAGACUUGGCCAAAUGCAUCCAGGUGGAGGAGAUGUCUCCAACCAAUGGGCUGGUGUCCAUUCUGAAGAGGAGAGUUUCAGAAGAGGGAGAGCCAUCACCCCCCGAGAGCUCCCCCAGACGCACAGCCCGGCGUAAAGUCCGCUUCAGUGAGCCCAGUGAGGAUGAUUCCAGCGCAGAUUCCUGCCUGAUCCUUGUGGUCCUGUGCCUGGUCACCGUAGUGAUAAGCAUCGGCGGAACGGCGCUUUACUGUCUCCUUGGCAACGCCAGCACAGCCGUGUGCACGGACUUCUCCCAGAACAUGGAUGUGUACUGGGGUCCCGUGCGGAGUGGUGUCGGGUGGCUGACCCACUGGCUGUUCCCCGUCUCCUAACGUCUGUCCACCUCCAGACAGGACUGUGGACUAUGUAAAUAACAACACUUCUUGCACUGUUGUCCAACAGUCGUGGUGUGUGCUUUCCACAAAGGUCUUAUUCAGUCUUAACAGUCAUGGCGUGCUUUCCACAAACGUCUUAUUUAUACGCAGGAAUAUCAGACUUCAAAAGUAAAGAUCAUUACCGCACACUUGUAUAAUAUUACGAAUUGUUUAUUUAGAGCAAACAACGCGCUUUGCUGUCAGCUUCUUCAGGUUUGUGUUGUUCACUCUAAUUAAACAAUCCGUAAUACAUGUAUUAUACACAUGUGCGGUGAUAUUUACUUUUGAAGUCAUAAUCAACUACUUUACAGAUGGACCAAUGGGCUUUUAGGCCCCCAACCUGGAUUUGCUGCAGUAGGAAGAGUUUCUAACUGGGAUUCGUUUCCCGUCCUCAGGACAAUAAACCACAAUAUCUACAACUCAGCAGCUCUUGAACUGCACAGCUAAAAAGCUGCGGCCAGUGCCUGUGGUCAGCUCUAAUGCUCAUUGGCUCAUGGCUGUUUGGGGUGUGGCUCAUUACACUGUGCUGCUGUGACUGCCUUGUCUGUGUUAGAUAACGUUAGAUUUCACAGUGAUAAACCUUCCCAAGACAAACGCUGACUCCUGAAUCGACCCAAUUCUGGCUUCGAAGUCAGUUGUUCUUUGUGGUGAGGCAUUAGUACAGUAUGUGAACAGUGUAAUACUGGUAUGGUGAGCAGAAAAGACCCACUCAAAGGAAACUAAUGGGUCUCCAUAGAUAGAGACUGAGAGGUGUUCAUAACCUACGCAAAAACAGAUAUGACUUUUGGGGCAAUAUCUCUCACAAUAUUAAAGCAAGACUCCACUUUGAGACUGUA